CAACAGGCACAGCCAAUAAAAUAUCUCGGGUCUGUUGCCCACUGCCAUCAAAAUCACCACCCUUAUCGCUUGAUAAUAUUGUACCGUCACCCACUUUUUAUUUAUUUCAAGUUUCAACCUCAAGCUAGAAAGAAAAAGGCACCAACCCUACAACUCACAGCAUUGCAAAGAACCACUGACAAAAAUUUCCCUUUUUUAAGUUCAGGAAAAUCUAAAAAUCAACUGUACAGGCAAAUACAAAAUCUCAGACUCUCCCGAGUCAAUCUAAAUCAAAACAUUCGACAGCAAAAACCACCAUGGCUUUGGAGAUGGAAUCCAUGGCCUCGGCAAUCGGGGUCUCGGUCCCAGUGUUAAGGUUCCUUCUAUGCUUUGUGGUGACGAUUCCAGUGAGUUUCACCCACCGAUUCGUACCGAGUCUAUUUGGCAAGCACUUGUACGCUGCCCUUUCAGGGGCUUUCCUCUCGUAUUUGUCUUUUGGGUUCUCUUCAAAUCUUCACUUUUUGGUGCCUAUGCUGUUGGGCUACCUUUCGAUGGUCCUGUUUCGGCCGUACUGUGGAAUCCUCACGUUUUUAUUGGGAUUCGGCUAUUUAAUUGGCUGCCAUGUGUAUUACAUGAGCGGGGAUGCAUGGAAGGAAGGAGGCAUCGAUGCCACUGGGGCUUUAAUGGUGCUAACACUGAAAGUCAUAUCAUGUGCCAUGAGUUACAAUGAUGGGUUAUUAAAAGAGGAAGAAUUGCGAGAGGCUCAGAAGAAAAACCGCUUGAUUGAGCUGCCUUCUUUUAUUGAGUAUGUUGGUUACUGCCUCUGCUGUGGUAGCCACUUUGCAGGUCCAGUUUUUGAAAUGAAGGAUUAUCUUGAGUGGACUGAAAGGAAAGGGAUUUGGGCCCCUACUGAGAAAGGACCCGCACCAUCACCUUUUGGGGCAACAAUUCAAGCUCUUCUCCAAGCUACUGUUUGCAUGGCCUUGUAUUUGUACCUGAUACCCCAUUUUAACAUAUCUGGGCUCAAUGGUCCCGCAUACCAAGAAUGGGGCUUCUGGAAACGUUUGAGUUACCAGUUUAUGUCAGGAUUCACAGCACGUUGGAAAUAUUAUUUCAUCUGGUCAAUUUCAGAGGCAGCUGUUAUUAUCUCUGGCCUGGGUUUCAGUGGUUGGACAGACACUUCUCCAUCAAAGCCAAAAUGGGAUCGUGCAAAAAAUGUGGACAUACUAGGUGUUGAGUUUGCUAAGAGUUCAGUUCAGCUGCCGCUUGUAUGGAACAUACAAGUCAGCACCUGGCUUCGUCAUUAUGUUUAUGAUAGACUUGUUCAGAAGGGGAAGAAACCUGGUUUCUUCCAGUUGUUAGCCACGCAGACUACCAGUGCCGUUUGGCAUGGAUUAUAUCCUGGGUACAUAAUAUUCUUUGUCCAGUCAGCAUUGAUGAUUGCCGGUUCAAGGGUUCUAUACAGAUGGCAACAAGCUAUACCUUCAAAUAUGGAUGUCGUCAAGAAUUUGCUUGUGUUUAUAAGCUUUGCCUACACCGUUCUGGUUCUAAACUAUUCCGCUGUUGGUUUCAUGGUAUUAACCUUGCAGGAAACACUUGCUUUAUAUGGUAGUGUAUAUUACAUUGGAACCAUUGCGCCCAUAGUAUUGAUUCUCCUUGGCAACAUGAUUAAACCAGCAAAGCCUUCCAGAUCUAAAGCCCGGAAGGAACAGUGAGGUGUAGCAUUUUCUUCUUUGAUGUUUCGCUUUGGAGUUCUUGCAAUGAGAAUGGCAGAUAACCGGUGGUUUCCUUAAUUGUUGCCCAAUUUUUGUAAAUUUCUUUUGAUCUUUGACAUUGUUGCUGCUGUGUCUGAAUUUUAAUUUCAACAUAAGCUCUGUGCGUUGCAUAUUUCAAAUCGACAAGCCCCAUUGGGUUUACUGCAGUAA